UGUAGAAAAGUCAUCGGAAUCUUUGACCGAAGGAUUCACGUCAACUGCAUCCGAAUCCAGAAAGGAGCAACGAAAACUAUUAGAGAGCAUGAUAGCAGAAAAUAGUUUCUUUGAUUAUGAGAACACGCUGUCACUUUGCGGCAAUAACGCUUUGGGUGAAGGUUUGAAUGAUUCGAAAAUCACAAAUAACAAUAUCAACAAAGACGAUACUCCUUGUAAUCUGGCUGCCACAAGUCAGCCGUCCGUUCCUCCAGGUUUCAGUCAAAAUCCUAUGGAUCUUCAACGGCAUCCUACCGCAAAUUCACAAUAUAACACUUUCAACCUCGAUGAUCUAAAUCGUUCGGACUUAAUUUCAAUUAUUCAAAACCUUUCAAACGAGAAAUCUCAACUAAUUUCUUCACUAAUCUCACUACAGCACGAACUGCAAUCUAUGAAUAUGCGAUACGCAAAGUUAAUUGAGAUGACGCGUGAUCGUGAACUCCAAACCAUUCAAAUGCUGGAGACACGCAAACAACAAGAAAUGGAAGAAAAAAUGAGAUACAUCCAGAAGUUGGAGUUGCGGAUAAGCCAAUUGGAAAGUCAGAAUCAAACAAGUAGCAUUUCGGAGUCGAUCAAUCAAAUAAAUAAUUCUUCACCUGGGAGUCCGAACACACAAUUACCAUAUGGCCCCAUUAUUUUCCCGACAACUCUCCAUCCUGGGAGUUCAUCUAUUGGAUCGAGUAAAUACACGAAUCCAUGGCGUAGCAAUAGUGCAAAUCGAAAUAGCAACCGUUCAACCAACAAUUUACGUUGUGGAAAUUGCGGAGAUCAGGGACACAUUAGUCAAGAAUGCAAUAACGGUUGUCGAUACUGUAACAGUUUUGAACAUUUGAGCGAGAGUUGUAACCAGUCAGGAUUCGAUGACAAUUCAGUACAAGUUAAAGUUAACGAAGGAUCAAUCGACGAAAUUUCCCCAAGUAAUAAUGGGACUGUCGAUGAUCCAAAUGAACCAAAGUAG